AUGAAAAAUCACAUGGUACAUCAAAAAGAUAAAGAUGCGCCAGAUGUCAUCAAAUCAUCCACCGGUCUUCCAAAUAGGAUGGAUUGGACAACUAGAGUAAGUGACGAUCCAUUCGAUAUACUCUCCAACUCAAUAUACAAACAGCAAAUCAAAAUGCCUGAGAGUAGCCUUCACACACGCACAGAGAUAGAAGACUCUGUCUUUGAAUCAAUGCUAAUAAAGAGCAAAACCAACAUAAAUCAUGCGGAAAAGAAACAUAAACAUGCAAUACUUGCAUCAGCCAUGCUUCUCACUGAAGAAAGCAUAAACUUUCAGGAAAAGAAGAUGUACAAAUUCCCAUUUGAUAUGGAGACACGGAACGAUGGAUCCUUGCUUUUCAAGAAGAUGUAUCUAGAGUAUCUUAUAGCACUGAAGUCAGUAUUCAAGAUGUACAAAAGAACCAGGCUACCGUUUUACAUGAAGAUCAAAAAUGACUUUUUAAUGUUUGGAGACGAUUUAAGAAUCACUACAGGAAUGAAGCAUGAACUGAGCAAAAACGAAAUAGACUUCAAUGAGCAUAACGACUAUUUAAUUGUCAAAGAAAUAGAUAUGUGCCUAGUUUUUGACUGUAUAAUCAAUGCACCCGUCUCAUCGUCAUUUAUAAUUCCUUUUAUUCUUUCUGAAGGCCAAUUCGAUAAUGGGAUUCUGUUUUCUAUAAGAUUACACAACAGAUGCAUAGUUAAGGAAGACUCAAGAACUCUGCACUCAUACGAGCUUAUUGGUCCGUUAUGGGCAGAUGAUUACUCAGCUCUACUGAGAUAUUCCAAUAACAGUGCACAUGCAAAACAGCUUUGA